CCGCCCUCAAAACUUAAGCGCCCUCUUCCCACCUCCCUUCUCUUCUUCCCCGGAGCAUCCGUCCGGCGAGAGCGGCGGCCUCUGUAUCCGCCCCCAAGAGCUGUUGCGAUCGUGCCCCGUUGCUCUCCGAAUUCGAAAUCCUUGGAUCGAUGGUAUUAAAGUUGUUUCUACUAAGCCUGCUUCCUUCUAGGAAGCAGGCAUAGAAAAAUCCUUCUGGUGACGAUGCCGACCUUUGCUAAUCCAGAGAACGCAUUAAAGCGCGCCGAGAAUUGAUUAAUGUUGAACAGAAGCAAGCUGCCUUGCAAGCACUACAUGAUCUCAUUACUUCAAAAAGGCAUAAGGCAUGGCAGAAGGCCCUUGAAAGCAUCAUGUUUAAGUAUGUAGAACUCUGUGUGGACAUGAAGAGAGGCAGAUUUGCAAAGGAUGGACUUAUUCAGUACCGUAUUAUAUGCCAACAAGUCAAUGUUAGCUCGUUGGAAGAGGUUAUAAAGCAUUUCAUGCAUCUUUCCUCGGAGAGGGCUGAGCAAGCUAGGAUUCAAGCACAAGCCUUGGAAGAAGCACCGGAUGUGGAGGGUCUAGAGGUUGAUAAGAGACUUGAGGACUUAAUGCUUAGCUAUGUUAGUGCGGAGAAAGGAAAAAACAGGUCAGACCGGGAGAUUGUGACUCCAUGGUUCAAAUUCUUGUGGGAAACAUACAGGACAGUGCUUGAGUUUCUGCGAAACAAUUCCAAAUUGGAAUCACUAUAUGCGGUCAUAUUCCAACAAAGAAUAGUGAACUGCCGUGAAGCCGAGUAUAACCGACUGAAGAAAGAGAGAGAGGAUAAAAUCAAUCAGCUUGUAGCAAUGAGGAAAUGUGAAAGGGAGUUCAAGAGGAAGCUACUCUUUUACCUGAAGUCUGAGGAAGUGCAGCUGACCAGGCUUCGAGAAGAGGAGGAAGCAAGAAAACAUGAAGAGGAGGAAAGACAAAAGAAAGAAGAGAGAGAGAAAAGAGAGUUAAGAGGAGAAGGAAAGGCUGCAAAGAGAAGGUCUUCUCAGAAGGCCUGUCGGACCACUGUCUCGGUCAACUGACCCUGCUUCAGGUACUCACCCUUUUGAACCGCCUAUGGCUGCUGCACCUGCUGCUGCCAAGGCUGCACCGAGCUUGGGGAAGUAUGUGCCGAGGUUUCUCUGAGAAAGAAAUGAGGGACAACGGGCAAUGCACCCCGAGUCUGAUAGAUGGGGGAAGCAGGAUGACUGCCCUCCUCAAUCCAGUGAUAGAUGGCAAAACGUUGAAUGUCGAUCAUCGUAUCAUGGUUCGAGAGCGUCCUCAUCGUUUUCCUGCUCCUUGUCGAGGCUAUGCAGUGCAACCUAAUGCAAGAAUACUGUAGUGUUUUGGUCACCAGAGGAAUUUCCAGCCAGAUUAAUUAUUACAUAUGUCAAGUCUUAUUGUCUUUGAGGGCAUUUACUAGAUCUAGGUACCAUGUCGGCAGUUUCAGGCCUACCUAAUUGAAAAGAUAUCUCCAUGAGACUGUAAUUUUGUCAUUCUUUUCUAUUUCUUUUGAUAUUUCUCAUUGACUUACUCCAUAGGCUUGCACCUUCUUGAUGUUAAAACUCUUCACUGUCUUGUUGGUGCACAUUUAUAUGCAUUAUGGGGUUCAAAUUUGAUUAAAUGGCACUUUUAGCUUUGCAUUGGCAUAUGGUUUUUAGGUUUAUAUAUCAAACUCCAUUUCCCUCAUAA